AUGUCUGAAGGACUUCCCUUGAAGCCUCUUCAACCUGCACGCCCGUUGUCUCAAGUGCAACUAUCACCUGGGUCUGCAGAAGAAGCCAUUGCAUCUAUCCGAGCUUUUGGUACUAGCUUCCCAAAGGCUGCUGGAUCCCAAGCAGCUCAGACAUCAACUACUCUCCAUUUACCUACUGUAUCAGUCGCUGAACAGUCUCAACAACCCCAGGCGGGAGCGCCCCCUGCUAAGAAGCCCAGAAGAAGACAGCCUAAGAAGGCUCAAGAGCAAUCUUCAACAUCUCAGUUGUCUAUUCCACAGGGACCCCAACAGGUUCAGCAACCUCAAACCGUAGCACCUCCUUCUCAGAAGGCCAGACAACCAAGAAAAUCCCUGAAGCGAUCUAUCGACAGUGUCGAACCUUCAACUUCCCAAGAGGGUCCUGCUACCAAGAAACCCGCUCUGCAAGUAUCUCAGCCUACUCAACCUGCGAUCCAGGUACUUCCUUCUACAGUCGCUCUACAGGCAUCUCAGCAGACUCAACAAUCUCAGACUCAGGUACCCCCUUCUCAGAAGGCCAAGCAGCCGAGAAAGUCUCUGAAGCGAUCUAUUGACAGUGUCGAACCUUCAGCUUCCCAAGAGGGUCCUGCUACCAAGAAGCCCGCUCUUCAGGUCUCCCAGCCUGCUCAACCCCAGAUCCAAGCACCCCCUUCUACGGUUGCCCAACAGGCGCCUCAGCCUACCCUACCUGAGAUCCAAGCAUCUCAGUCUACACAACCCGAAAUCCAAGUAACUCCUUCUACGGUUGCUCUUCAGGUCUCUCAGUCUGCCCAACCUGAGAUCCAAGCAACCCCUUCUACGGUUGCCCUACAGGCACCUCAGCCUACCCAACCCCAGAUCCAAGCAUCUCCUUCUACAGCCACUCUACAGGCAUCUCAGUCUCCUCAAUCUGGGACCCAAGCACCUGCUUCCACGAUCGAUCUACCGCCCCAUCAGCCGGCUCAACAACUUCAGUUCCAGGCACCCCGUACUGAUCCCAUCCCUGGUGCAUGGUGGGAAGUUCCUGGAUUCUCUGAAGCAUUCAAGCAAUUCCACAGAGACAGAUACGGAAAAGAAGGCACUCUGAAACCGUUUGUUGUCCAGGGAAUUAUUGACCUGGCUGUCAACGAAUGGAAAAGACUCCAUGCUGCUGCUGCUGCUCGACAAGCUGCUGAAAACCAGGGUGCUGCUGCUAACCCAACCGCACCUGGACAAGAGACGGAUCCAGUAUCUGAAAAUCUUCAAGCUCUUGUGAGCCUGUCCGGCGGCCCAUCUUCUGAGAUGGGCGCGGAUGAUCAACAGGCAGACAGUGACCCUCCGAUUGACCCCCAGCUUCAGGCGGAGUAUGAAGCUAGCUCUAUGGACCCUCGUGCUCACAAAAUACGCUUCGGGGGUGUCACGCUCAGCGAAGCUGGCUUGGGUCCCGAUCCUGCUCUUCCCAAGGACGAUGUUGAUGGUCGCUUCAAGAUGAUUGUGGCCGAGAUUAAGAAUCAGACUCAGGCUCAAAACAUUCCCAUCCCCCCGCUCUCUGCUCUCCCUAAGCUACCUCCCAAGCCAUUUGUUGGUGGUCUAUACUUGAUGCCACCCGGAGUUCAAGACGCUCGUCUAAAGGAAGUCCUGAAACAGAGAAACGUUGUUAUUCUCAAAAGACAGAAGGAUGUCGCUCUUGCACGCAACAACUUAGCUGCAAGGAGAACUCGUGAGCGACGGGAAGAGAAAGAGAAAAACCGCAGGGAAAUGAUGGCAAAGCUACAACUCCAAAUGAACUGGUGGCGCCUCAAGGCUAUCUCCCUUGGCGCCAACGCUGGAGCAUGGAAUGCCCUCCACCAGGACUACAAGAACAAAAUGUUACAAGAUAUGAAUGAAAAAGUGUGCAAGGCCGAAUCAAAGCAAUCGAAGGAGAUUAAGGACAUCAGAGGAGCAGAACAUUCAGCUCGAAAUUCAAAAAACUCACGACUGACGAAUUUGGACAAACCGAAGAAGGAGAAAGGGGUUCAAGCAAUCAUUGCUGCCAUCGAGGCCAAAGAUCGUGAAAUACAGGAAGCAGAGUCUCAGGGCCUGAACCCGCCUGAGAUGGACCUAACAGAAUUCAUUAAUAUGGUCUUUCCUGACGAUGCAAUCCACGUCGAUACCGCUGCCGCUGCCGGUGAGGCGACUGGUGAGGCGACUGGUGACACGGCCGAAGCCCCUACUCCGAUCAACGACAACCAAAACGACAGUAUCAAUGCCAACACAAGUGGCCCCAUCAACAUCAAUAGUGUCCCAGUUGAAACUCCAGCCAAUAUCGGUGAAAGUGCCGAUGCUGGAGGCGCAAUCGACCAUGUCAACACUACUGAUGUCAACAAUACUAUGGAUGUUGGCAAUCAUAUCAACAACAACAACAACGGUUCUAUGGCUCUCAGCAAUACCAUGGAUGAAAACUCUCUGACUAAGGAUGGAAGCGCUCCCAACACUGACAACAUGGUUAGUGCACUCGACAUGAACAACAGCUCACUUCCUCCAGGCCAAUCGGCCUAUCAACCAUACACCCAGACCGACAAUACCCCUACUAUGUCUAUGGACUUUCAGGGGGCUCUUCUCAACAACUACGACAUGCAGGGCAACGGCAUGCAGAGCAGCGGCAUGCAGAGCAACUGGUAUCCUGUCGGGACAAUGAUGGAUAACGAAUUCCAGGUUGACGCCUUGAGCAACUUUAACCCUCAAAACAAUGACUUCCUCAGCCUGGGGUCUCAGGAUAAUGGGUUUAUGCAGAGCAAUCCCCAGGACACUCUCUUUGCUGCCGAUGAUAUGCAGAACAUUAACAUGACCACCAAUGGUUUUCAAAGAAUCACCGCUCUCGACGACUGCACCCAGGGCAGUACCUCUCUCGACUAUCCCAUGCAAGACAACACCCCUCUUGACACCAGCCUUUACAGCAAUGCCUCUCUCGGCAACAGUACUCAGUGCAGUACCUCCCUCGACUACAGUCUUCAGGGCGAUGCCGGUUUCGACACCAGCAUCUUCAGCAAUGCCUCUAUCGACAGCGGUACUCAGAACAAUGCCUCUUUUGAUAUCAACUUUCAAGACAAUACCUCUGUCAACUACGGGCCCCAGGGCAAUCUCCCUGUCAACAAUGGUCUUUACGGUGCCGCCCCCUACAACAAUUUCAUCCAGGACAAUGCCUCUAGCAGCACUAAUCCUCAGGGCAAUGGCAACGCCACGAACAAAGAGAAGCCCUACAGAGUCACCAAGGCCAGUAAGCCUACCCGGGCCAGCAAGAGCAAUGGCCGUAACGUCAAGAAGGCCGAGACCGCUCGAGGUGAGAUCACCGGAGCCGAUCUCCCUAGAGUCGCAAACCCCACCCCAAACAACGCCUUCAACCCAGCCGUUCUCGCACGCGCUAGACUUGACCACAUCGAUCACACAGACCGUUGCGCCUUUGGCGGACGGCCUCCUAGUGCCAGCCAACAGAUCAUUACUCCUCGGGCUAGCGAUUUCGUAAACGACAAGUAUCUGACCAAUGAGACCUCUUUCACAAGAGAGGGCAACCAAAGUCUCUUCAACACUGAUUAUGAGAUGUACCCUUCCGAUGAUGAACGGAAUCAACUUUGA